AUGAUCUCGAGAUCGGUUCUCGCGAGAAACGCGCAGCAGGCCGUUCGCAGGUCCUGCAGCGCUCGCCCAGCUCAACAGCGAGGCUUCGCCGCAGUCGCCUCGUCGGGCGCCUUCGAAACCACUGAUGCCAAUGGCCUCAAGGUAGCUUCCAGGGACAUUCACGGCCCUACUACCAAGCUCGCCAUCGUUGCCAAGGCCGGUACCCGUUACCAGCCUCUUCCCGGCCUGACCGUUGGUCUCGAGGAGUUUGCCUUCAAAAACACGCAAAAACGAUCUGCCCUGCGUAUCAACCGCGAAUCCGAGCUCCUCGGUGGUCAAUUGACCGCCAGCCAUACACGCGAAGCGCUUGUCAUUGGCGCCAGCUUCCUCAAGGACGACCUUCCCUACUUCGCCGAGCUCCUUGCCGAGGUUGUCACCCAGACCAAGUACACCACCCACGAAUUCCACGAGGAUGUUGAGCGCGUUCUACACCUUCGCCAGGCUGCCAACCGCUCCAACGUUGCUGCCAUUGCCCUUGACAACGCCCACGCCGUUGCUUUCCACACCGGCCUUGGAGCUGCUCUCGCUCCCUACUCCGCUGUUCCCGCCCAGAAGUACCUGAACGAGGAGCACGUGGCCAGCUAUGCCGAUGCUGUCUACACCAAGCCCAACAUCGCCAUUGUCGCCGAGGGUGCCAAUACCGAGACUCUGUCGCGCUGGGUCAGCCAGUUCUUCAAGGACGUCCCUGCCUCUUCUCAGAGCGGCCAAUCCCUUAAGACUGAAGCCACCAAGUACUUUGGUGGUGAGCAGCGCACUGCCAACCCCGCCGGCAACUCGAUGGUCAUUGCUUUCCCUGGCUCCGACGUCAACGCCUCCAAGCCUGAAAUUGCCGUCCUUGCCUCGCUUCUGGGCAACCAGCCCUCGAUCAAGUGGUCUCCCGGUUUCAGUCUGCUCUCCAAGGCCGCCGCCACCACGCCUGGACUAUCCGCUACCGCUUCCAGCCUGGCCUACUCCGACGCAGGUCUCCUGGCUAUCCAGCUCACUGGUGCCGCUGCUUCCGUUCGCAAGGGCGCUGAGGAUGCCGUCAAGGCUCUCAAUGCCAUUGCUCAGGGAUCCGUCAGCAAGGAGGACGUUACCAAGGCUAUUGCCAACGCCAAGUUCGAUGCCCUCGACAAGGCUCAGCUCCGUGACUCCAGCAUCCUGCUGGCCGGUAACGGCAUUGUCAACAGCGGGAAGCCUCUUGACAUUGUCAGCAUUAGCCAGUCUUUCAAUGCCGUCACCGCUGAUAAGCUGAAGACCGCUGCCAAGGCUCUCCUUGAUGGCAAGGCCACCGUUUCCACAGUCGGUGACCUUUUCGUGCUUCCUUACGCUGAGGAGAUUGGCCUUCGUGUAUAG